AUGUUGCGUAGACACAUAACUUCGGAUGGAGGACGCAUCUUGAUGCGUCGGUUGCAGUUUCUGCAUGACGAGAUCGACGAAGAUUUGGACGUGUACCAGUUUAAUGAUGGGAAGGAGGUGUUAUUGGAGCGUUGUGAGUCGCCGCAUUUGCCGGAGGGUCCUAGUCCACGACGUCAGCGUGGGGUGGUGGACUUCAGUGGUCAGCCGAGCAAGGGGCGUCCGAGCCCGUCGAUUAGUUACCGGCCGGGGAAAAGUUUCAAGUCGAGUCCAGAUAAAGCAUCAAGUCCGGGGGCGGCAAGUACCCAGGCGGACGAGGCGGCGGCGGCAGAGAAAGCGGCAGCAGCUGAGGCUGCUGCUUUCUCUCCACGUAAGAGAAUGAACAAAGGUUUGGUUGAUCAGUUCCUAGGUAAAUGCUCUGGUAAGUGUGAUCUCAAGGUGGUGGUUGCCAUGGGUCAUUGGAGUAAAGAAAUAGACUCGCAUGAGGCGAAUUGCAUUGUCGUGGAUACGCUGAAGGAGAAUGGUGUUAACGACAUCUACUGUCUGCCCAUGUCUUGUGGCAGUCGCGGGUUCAUCAAUAGUUUCCGCGCUCUAUACUACGGUCAAGAUUACGACAUCAUCGACCUCGAUGUUCGAUCACCGGGCAACGAUAAGGUCAUGAACACUGUUCCAAUGCUUAUCAACCGCACGAAUAAUACGGCAGUCAUCGAAGCUGAAAGUAUUAUCGGUCAACACCUGCUUAGCACACCGUUACAAGGAAAUAGCUAUGGCUUAGGCCAGGCCCUUCGCGAAGCCGCCGAGAUGGGCUUCAGAACAAUCUACGUAGGUCUACCCGCCCAAGCCGCUUGUAUCGAUGGCGGCAUCGGAAUGGCCCAGGCACUUAGCGUCGAUUUUUACGACGUCGACGGAAAUGAACUUCCACAUGAAGGCAACGUCGCUGACCGCGUAGCAUCACUCAGCCUAGACCAUAUUGAUAAUGUCAUGUCCGACUGCAAAAUCAUUGUCGCUUGCGAAAGCACACUACCCAUACAUGGCGAAUCCAACAGCCUUAACUCCCUACCGGCGUCGCAACGCGACGUAGCCAUACAAAACAUGAACUCAUUGGUUGAAGUUGUCGGGCGCGUGUGCAAUAAUAGAAGUGCGUGCAUACAGCCAGGUUCUGGCUGUGGUGGUGGAGCGGCGUACAUGUUGUCGGUACUACUGGACACGGAGCUUAAGUCUGGUUUGGCGGUGGUAGUUGACGACGAGUUUGAGUCGCAAAUCGCGAAAGUUGACCUGCUCAUAACUGGGGCAUACAAUGUCGAUGUUAGGAACGUUGGAGAUAUUCCUGUCGAGCUAUCAAGGAUGGCGCAAAAGUACAACACUAAGACUGUUGUAUAUACAGCCCAAAACUCAAGUGGUGUCGCUGAUGCUCCUGAUGUUGGAAUGAGUUGCAUUGUACCCAUUCCAGAAGGUAAUCAGAUUACAACCGACCAAGAUAUCUGUAACCUAUUGGCGAAGCAGGUAACUAGAACAGUGAAGAUGUUGCGAAUUGGCAACGAGGUUAAACUCUGA